CUGCAAAGUCCCCGGCGCGAGGGCAGCCGCGAACCGCCGCCACCACCGGGUCUCCGCGGGCGCCUGCGCCGGUGUCUCGCCCUCCGGCCCGGGUCGUCCUGAAAAAACUCGCUCCGCUGGCCGCCAGGGCUCCACGGCGCUGCCCAUGGCCAAGCCCAGGAGCCGACUUCGGGCGCCGGACCGGCUGGACCGCCGAGGCGCGGCUCAGAAGAGUCAGGAGGUUUGCUUCUGCCCGACGCGUCUCUCUAGAACCGACCGUGAGGGGCAGUAGGAGCGCAAAGCGCCGCGGAGCCUGGGUACCACUCUGGCUGGCAACUGGGGCGGGGAUAACAGCAAAAAGUCCGUCUUCAGGGAGCAUCCAGGGUGGGGAAACCUCAGUGCGGUUAGCUUUGGGAACGAAGCAGAGAUGGGACAUCUCUCGAGGGGCGGGAAAAGCUCGGGAGGAGAGAGAUGGAAGCGGCGGACAGACAUAAUCAGAAGCCUGCAAUACCCAUGUGUCACUGAUCUGGAGACGUCCCCCCGAGGGCAGCACUUCAUGACCCAGCGGCGCCCGGCCCAGUGAAGCCACCGUGGUGUCCGGCAUGGCCCCGCUGCUCCUGGGCGCGGUGAUGCUGGUGGCCCAGCUCCAGCUAGUGCCUUCCCGCCCCGCGGUGGUGCCAGGGGACGAGCCGGGCCUGCCGGAGCUGGUGCGGAAAGCGGCAGCCCUCCAGGAGGAGAUCUCCGACGGCGCCGCCCCCAACGGCUCCGCCCAGCAGCUGCCGCAGACCAUCAUCAUCGGAGUGCGCAAGGGCGGUACCCGCGCGCUGUUGGAGAUGCUCAGCCUGCAUCCGGACGUGGCGGCCGCCGAGAACGAGGUGCACUUCUUCGACUGGGAGGAGCACUACAGCCAAGGCCUGGGCUGGUACCUCAGCCAGAUGCCCUUCUCCGCCCCACACCAGCUCACGGUGGAAAAGACCCCUGCGUACUUCACGUCGCCCAAAGUGCCUGAGCGCGUCCAUGGCAUGAACCCGGCCAUCCGGCUGCUGCUUAUCCUGCGGGACCCGUCAGAGCGCGUGCUAUCUGACUACACCCAAGUGUUCUACAACCACGUGCAGAAGCGCAAGCCCUACCCGUCCAUCGAGGAGUUCCUGGUGCGCGACGGCCGCCUCAACGUGGACUACAAGGCUAUCAACCGCAGCCUGUACCACCUGCACAUGCAGAACUGGCUGCGUUUCUUCCCGCUGCGCCGUAUCCACAUUGUGGACGGCGACCGCCUCAUCAGGGACCCCUUCCCCGAGAUCCAGAAGGUGGAGCGGUUCCUGAGGCUGUCUCCGCAGAUCAACGCCUCCAAUUUUUACUUUAACAAAACCAAGGGAUUCUACUGCCUGAGGGACGGCGGCCGGGACCGCUGCUUACACGAGUCCAAAGGCCGGGCGCACCCCCAAGUGGACCCCAGACUCCUCAAUAAACUGCACGAAUAUUUUCAUGAGCCAAAUAAGAAAUUCUUUGAGCUUGUCGGCAGAACAUUUGACUGGCACUGAUUUUCUUUUUUUUUGUGAUAAGCUAGGCUCGGAACCUUUCCUAUUGUAAGUUCUGGUGUACAUCUGGGGUGGGGGAAAGAAUUUUAAAAGGGCAUUUAAGUAUAAUUUAUUUGUAAGAUCCAUAAAUUACUUCUGUACAGUAUUAGAUUCACAAUUGCCAUAUAUACUAGUUAUAUUUUUCUACUUGUUAAAUCGAGGGCAUUUUGUAUUGUUUUUCAUGGUUGUUAACAUGUGUAAUAUGUCUCUAUAUGAAGGAACUAAAAUAUUUAACUGCAAAAAAAAAAAAAAAAAAAAAGAAAGAAAUUCUGGAGAUGCAGUCUUUUUUGAAUAUAAUUAACUUGCCCCCAACUCCAAAUAGCUGUGUGUGUUCAUUCAUCGCAUAUAUUUCUUUGUUAUUCUUUAAAAAAAAAUGUUUUUCAUAUUUAUUACCUUCCUCUCCCCUUCUCUCCUGUCUUCAUUGUCUUUUAAAUUUUUAAUGUCUCCCUGAGGUCAUCAGAUUUAUUUUUAACUUGCAUUGUGAGAUUUAUCUUCAUUGAGAUGCCCGUUAUUCUUGGAGGUGAAAAUUUCACCCAUUUCCAGCUUUAGCAGGUCCCUGAGUGUGGAUUCUAACUCCACGUAAACUCCAAGAGGACAAAACAAUUAAGCUGGAGAAGUUAGUUGCUAACCAGCAAGAGACUUGCUUCAAAGAGUGCUUACACUUCCUUCUGAUUGCAGCAAUAGAUGAAACAACAAUAAAGGAAAUUAAACCUGG